GAUUCAAAUCAAGAAUUAAACAAUCCAUCAAACUUCAAAAUUUUCUUCAUUUACUGAAGUUUUUUGAUAUUUAUGAACUCCAACUCUCAGGGAUUAGAGAAUGACAGUCUUUGCUGCUAAUAAUCCCACAUUUUCCAGUUCAAUCUAUUCAUCAAAAAGGGAAUCAAGCAACGAAAUACUUUCCGGUUUAUACAAGCCAAAUCAGUUAUUUUUUUAGUUUUAUGAUCACAAUCUUUUGCUUAAUUAAAUCCGAUCUGGAUCAAAGUAGGCUUUAUCAGUACUCUAAUGAAUCUUUUAAAAUAAACAAAUGAUGUCCUCUGAGAUUUUGUUUGACAUAAGUAAAUGUGUAUACUACCUGUCUAUUUGAAAUUUUGACGGUAUCGGCAAAAUCCGAAAAGCAAAGAAAAAAAAAGGAAACUUAACUGUUGGAUAAAUUAAUUGUUUGGUGCCAAAAACUAACAGUUAUUAAAAUGUGGCUUGGAAGUUUAAGAUCUAGUGUCUGUUUUUCGCUGAAAUAUACUGUGUCGCUUUUUGCUAAUUCAGCUUCUCUAAAAAGUUAUUCCUGUUACCUUGGAGAGUUUCAUCUACCAAAAGGAUAUGAUACUGGAAUAAUGGUGUAUAAUUCUUCUGCCAAUAGAAAAGUUCCUUUGGUUCUGAAGAACAAAGGCAUAGCAACUUGGUACAUGUGUGGACCUACUGUGUAUGAUGAAUCUCACAUUGGACAUGCUUGCUGCUAUGUAAAAUUUGACAUACUUAGAAGGAUAAUGGAAAAACUUUUUGGCAUCAGUGUUUUGCUUCAGAUGGGAAUUACUGAUAUUGAUGAUAAAAUAAUUAAGAAAGCUCAAGAAUCUGAUUUGAGUACUUUGGAUGUAGCAAGAAAAUAUGAGUUAGAAUUUUUCAAAGGCAUGGCUGCUAUGGGAGUCAUGCCUCCUUCUUCAGUGACUCGUGUAACAGAAAAUAUCCCUCAUAUGAUAUCGUUUUGUGAAAAACUAAUAGAAAAAGAUGUUGCCUAUGUUACAAGUGAAGGCAAUGUUUAUUUCAAAAUUUCUAAAGCUGUUUCUGCUGAAGUAUUAAAUGAAUUGCCCCAAGAUUCUGAUAUAAAUUUGGAUCCAUUAAAAGAAGAUGGACGGGAUUUUGCUCUUUGGAAAAUAGUUAAAGAAGAUGAACCUUAUUGGAUAUCUCCAUGGGGAAAAGGAAGACCUGGCUGGCAUAUUGAAUGUUCUGUGAUGGCAAGUAAAAUUUUUGGCUGCCAUCUGGAUCUGCACUCAGGUGGAUAUGAUCUUCUUUUCCCUCAUCAUUCAAAUGAGAAAUCACAAUCAGAAGCUUACCAUAAUUGUUCACAGUGGGGCAAUUACUGGUUACAUUCAGGUCUGUUACAAGUAGGAAAUGAAAUAAAGAUGUCCAAAUCAAUCAAGAACACUGUAUCUAUAAAGGAAUUUUUGCGUGAGCAUUCAACAAAUGAUUUUCGUAUUUUGUGUCUUCAAUCCCCUUAUCGCAAAAAUAUUCUGUAUUGUUCUAAAACUGUAUUUGGAGCAAAAAGAUUGUAUCAAAAAUUUCAUAAUUUUAUCAAUGAAAUGGAAUUAUAUAGUAAUGGAGAAAUAAGCGUACCAUUUAUUGAUGAAGACAAAUUGCUAUCCAGAUUGCAAAGCACAAAAGAUCAAGUCAUUUCUCUACUUGCUGAUGAUUUCAACACUUCUCAGGCUAUCCUCUGCCUGACAAAUCUAAUUGAUUCAGUCAAUGAAAGCCUUCAAUCUUCGAAUCAUUCUUUUGUUUUUAAGAAUGAUGUCACUGUUCUAUCAGCUUGCGCCAGCUACAUUGACCGGAUGUUAGAAAUCUUUGGGGUUAAUGUUAUGUGUAAGAAGAAGUUGAGCAGAAGUUUUGUACAUUUUAUGGAUGCUGUCAAUGAAUUUCGUAAUAAGAUCAGACUAUUUGCUCUUUAUCAGAUUGAUAUAAGCCAAAUUUCAAGACCUGCUGACUAUAUUGAAAAUAAUUACACUUCCUUCCAACAAAGAAUCAAUCUAAUUGAUGAUAUGAAGGAAUUAUCGACAGAUGUUUCUUCUAUUAUUCAAGCUGUUGAUAUGGCUUACCAGCAGUCUUACAAAUUUUGUUCUAUAAUUCAAAAUUCUAAUGAUAAAGGUCAAAGCAGUGAACGUACAAAUCUAUUAACAUUCUGUGAUGAAUUAAGAUCAUCUAUUGAGAAGCAUGGAAUAGCCAUAAAGCUAAACGCUAAAAAAGAAGGCUUCUAUUUAAAAUCUGAAAAUUGGGAUUCAAAGAUGAAUACAGCGGAGUGCCAACGCUGUGUGGAGCGAAGGAGCGAAUGCUGAGCUGAGCUGUGAGCAUCGAGUCCUGUUGUCUACUGUGGAGACAGCGUCGUAUAUUGUGUGUAAUAGUCAGUUAUGAGAAGUAGUGAGUGGACAGCUAAAGCGGGAAGAGACAGUGAGAAGUUCAGCCGUUGGAGAGGCCGUAGAGCGAAGCUCCGAGGAUCCCUUCUCCUACUGGAUUCUGUCUAGCCGCUUUGUGUACUGUGGACGAUUAUUAUUUGUGGGCUACUGUCUGCUGUCUUGUGUUUGUCUCUACAGUAAAUAUUUGUCGUCUUUGUGUACUCGUGUUCUUCGUGUAAAUAAACGUCGUUGUUUUCUAUUGAGGCCUGCUAAUUGUGUUCUCACACCAUACACCCACUAUCAAAAGAACCCGGAGGUGAGGUGAAAUUCGUAACAAUAUUUGGGCUUCUGAAAAGAGAACUAAGAUUAUUAUGAUACAUGAAAUGUGGUCUUUUCUAUGCUGAAAUUGCAAGACAGGUGAGUGGUUCAGUGACUACAUCUGGAAUCCAAAAAUUUUAUCAACGAUAUUAGGAGACAAAUUCAAUAAAAAACAACGCAAGAAAUGACUCAAAAAGAUGAACCACAUCUGUUGAUGACAGAAAAAUAAAAACUAUGUCUCCAAGAUAGAAGAAUAUCAUCAACGACCAUCAGAAGUCAAUUUAAUGAUACUGGCAUUUAUGUCAAUUCAAGAACAAUCAGGAGAAAAUUAUUAGAUGUUGGAUUAAGAGGUAGAAUUGAACGAAUAAAAUCCUUAUCUCAAUUCAAGCAGCUUAUAAAAGAAUUACAGUGGUCAAAGGAAUGCAUUAAUUGGGCAGAUGAUCAGUAAUUACAAGUUAUUCGGAGUGAUGAAACAAACAUAUUGUUAUUCGGUAGUGAUGGUGAAAAUAGGUAAGACAUAGAAUAGGUGAAGAACUAUAUUCUAACUGCAUUCAGGCAACUAUGAAAAAUUCAGUUAGUGUUAUGAUUUGGUCAUGCAUGUCAGUAGAAGAUAUUGGUCUCCUUCAUGUUAUCGAUGGGACAUUAAAUGUAAGAAAAUACACUGAUACUAUUCUAGAGUCAAAAUUUACACAUCCCAUCAGUGAUCUAUUUUCCCAACAGCGCAUCAUUUAUUUUUCAGCAGGAUUUAUCUCCUUGCUAUACAGCAAAAAUAUUGGAAGAGUGCUUUAGUACAAACAGCAGCGAAUUGUUAUCAUGGCCAGGAAACAGUCCCGAUUUUAAAAUUAUUGAGAACUUAUGGCACCAUUUGAAAACAUAUGAAGCGUACAUUAAAUAAGUCGUUAAUUGAGGCUAUAAUUGUUUCCUGGAAUCCUGUAAUAACAAAGAAAGAGCUUAAAACUCUAUUCAGCUCAAUUAAAUAUCAAAUUGAAGUUGUAAUAAAAAAUAAAGGCUACCCUACUAAGUAUCACUGCAGACAUCAGCAUCUAAUGUAUGUCGAU